AUGAUCGGCGUGUCUGUUUACUCAGCGCUAUUUCGCGAUAUAUCCAUGCCCAAUCGAUCGGCAUCUCAAUCAUCUGAUCCGAGAGGAUUGUUUGAGCUCAUCGAGGAUGGCGGCGGAUGUGACAGAUCUGCUGCUGCUGCUUCUGCUGCCGCUGCUGCAGCUCCUGCUGCCGCUGCUGUCGCUGCCGUUGGAUCUGCGGUUACGGGGUGA